AUGUCGGGCACGGGAGGCGUGCAGCUGAUCGAAGGGAUACGAGGCUUCUAUGAUUUUGAUACUUGUCCAAGAAAGAAGGCUCUAGUCUCGAAAGGAUCAAACAGUGUGGGGCGAUGCUGCGCACGCGCCGCGGCAGAUGUACGCAGCAUCUGUCCUCCUCACGCACACUCCGACAUCGGUCAUCUUUCCCGCGCACACGUCUGCAGCAACCUGUCGCUCGCACAGCUGAUGGCUGGCCGCAUCGGGCCGGCGCUGAGUAAAAACGCGAGGGCUAAUCUCGAGAAUCCGGCAGAAGUCGCAAGGUGUUGCGCACGCGCCGCCCUUCCACCUGCGAUGUCAAUGCACCCGCUCGGCACAAGAUUCGGCGCGUGCCCGCUGCACGACACGGCACGGCACGAAGAGGCAAGGCAAACUGACGACACAUUUAUUUGUCGA